AUGGCUGAUAUUCAGAUCGACUCCUUCUUGAAGUACUCAUCUGCCGAUGCAACUCCUAAUACUCCAAGCCUCACGCUUUCCUUAGAGCUGCAGGGACUCAGUGACUCCAAGAUCGCCAAACGAAAUUCAAACAGUGGACUUGUCUUCCGCAUCCAUCGAGGGAAUGAUGGUAAUGACCAGCCCUGCUCCUUCUACUGGUCAGACACCGUGGAUGCUUGGGGCUCCGAUGGUUUAGUCCUCCUUCGCUACGAUACAGAGGGCCAACUGGAGAGAGUCAAGCUCCCUUCAGAGCCAUGGCGAGCGCAUGACCCGACGGAGAACAAAGUCGCACGAAAUCCUCAUCGUCUGUUUGAGCUAAACCCCGGUGAGAGCACAUGGUUUUUCGGGGGUAUUCCAGACAGUUGGCUCGAUGCUAUGGUAUCGGGUGAGAAGUACGAGCUGUUAUGGCCCGGUGGAGAGAUUUACUGGUGGGCAUGGGGUGGUAUUGCGGAAAAUGAGAGCAGAUCUCGUGGCGGUCUACCUCGAGCCGUUCUUUCGGGGACGCCUCAUGUGUCGUUCAUGGUGGUUGAAGAGCCACCGGCCCCCGUGUACGAGACACCACUGCCAAAAUGGUCCAAGGCGCCGGCUCCAGGAACACCGUUAUUUACAGUUGCUCUGACUGGUGCCGAAAGAAAGGGAAUCGCAGAUGAGCACUUUCAGCUGAUACAAACAGUCACCUAUCAAGGGAUUGUCUCAAUGGACCCAGCCGCCGACCCAGAGCCAGCCUCAGAGCCGAUCACAUUUGAUGCCUUCCAUCUUAUGAUCCCAUCCGAAUGGGCCUUUCGGUCACGCGAGAACAAAGAAUGGGAGUAUUGCGUGGAUCGAAGAGUCGGUUGUGCCAUGACGGACUUAAUAUACGAUGGGGAGACUGCUGUGAACGUCGGCAAGGACUGUAGAUGGAUAAGCCUUGCUCCUGGUGAGUCAUGGAGUCAGGAACUAGAAAUUGACGAACGGCUCCCUUCAGACCUGGCUCUUGGGGACAAAGUUCGUUACCAGCUGGAUGGAGAUAUUAUCAAGAUGUGGAACUGGGGAAGCAAGGCCGAUCAUGCGCAGACAGUGCUAAUGCUACCGAGUGGUCGUGACGCCGAUGACUGGAUUAAUCGGUCGCCCAUUGUGGUACCCGCAUCCAAUCCACUGGAGUUUACGAUCAUCAGUUAG